UAAACCCCCAUUAUUUUUGUUUUGACUGGAUGUAUUGCUUAGCUUUACUGCGACCUUUGAAUGGAAUCAGCAUCUCAUCAAUAGAAAUAUACUCAGUAGGAGAAGCAACAGUUGAGAAAGUGGUAUUCAUCAUGUCAAGAAUUGGCCGGACCUUUAUAAAUAUAUCAGAAUUAUCUGGAGGAAUAGUGUCAUUAUCAAUGGAAUGAAUAUACUUUUUCAAUUUUUCAAAUCGUUUCAGUGACAAAUUAUCUGCAAUCAAGUUCAGACGAAGGGAAGGUAUAGAUGACCAAUACAUACGAUAUUGUGGAUACUUUAUAAAAGUCAUCACAAGAUUCACUCCUAAAAAAAGACGCAUCUCUUUCUCAGAUGUUUUGAAAUCAUGAUCCCCUGCCUGUGUACCAUAUCUUGUAGUUUCAGUAGCAAUCAUCUCAACCAUUUCAUCUGUGAAUAAGUUAACAAAAAAAUAAUAUGGUGUCUCACCAUGUUUGGGCUCUGAUAAUUCUAAAUGUAAAAUGCCAGUGAAGUUGGGAACAUUAUUCACAAAAUCGUUGUCCUUUGCAUACCAUACAAUUGGUCUAUGUUUAAUUGAAGUUGAACUAUUUGUUGUGGAUGUUGUAGCUUGCUGUUGCUGGUCCUGAAUAUUUGAAGAUGUCAAAGUUGAUGUAGUUUUCAAAUUUUUUGAUGCUGAUAGUGAAUCAUCUUGAGGAGAAUCAGUUGUUGAACUAGGUGAAUCUGAUGCAUUUGUUGAGGUAGUAUUCUUAUUAGGCACUUGGAAUGGUUCUACACGUAAACCAGUCACAUAAACAGUGUUUAUUUAAUUUUCAGUAUUGUCCAAUGAUUGAAAGUUGUCAUCAAUACCAUCAUCAGAGUCUAAAUCAGUGAGAAAAUCUAUAUCUGAUGCAUUUGGGUCGUCCAGUGCAUACAAUACAUUCACAAUAUCUUCAGUGUCUAUAAAAUUUUCAGUCAUUUUUAUUACAAAAUUGAACUAAAACUAAUUGCCAUAUUGAUAAAACAAGUACUUGUUACAAGAAAUUAUUGAUAAUAGCCUACAAACUUUUUCAAUAUGAUUAGAAAUUGUUCUAACAACAGCCAUGACAUUGAAAAUCGCACUGUAGACAGUGUAGCAAAACAUAACCUAAAACACCAUGAUGGGUUCCCAAUCUGCACUGAGUCCACGUUUGUGUAUGUUUGUAGAAAAGUCUGUAGAAUCAGUAAAAUUCUUCCAAAACUGCACAAAACUAUCAAAACAUAAACAAGAAACUAUGUUUUACUGUUUAAAGCUUUUUAAAAUGCAUUUUUUUGAAUAGAAAUAACUUUUCAUGAGCCACAAAGCUGACCAAAACACGACUUGAACAACACCACAAAUUCGACUUUGUAACUGCUUUUACAGCUGUUUGGAAGCAAUAGGAAGACAUGAUACCAACUUAACAAAUGUUAAUCUACACAUCUGUGUAGAAAUAUCAUUUGUGAAACCUUUUCAAUGUGUAUAGUGAAGUGGUAAACUUAACUCCCACAAAUGUGUAUUAUUCCAAGAAGAGGUUGAAAGCCGAAUUGCCGAAUUCAUCUAGAAUGAAAGCCAAUUUGCUCUCAAUGCCUGCUAUGAUGUGUGGCUUCUGACUGCCCUGAGAUGUUCAAAUAUAGGGCUCCCGGAUGACACAAUGGCCUCAGCACCAAAAGAUAACCAGCAAUGGCAUUGAUGAUGGCAUCAUGCUGCAGGACCCUCCCUCCAUGACUCCUGAAACAAUUACACACACAGUGCGCCAUGGUUUCUGCCUGGUUGCAUCCAGCCCUGCAACAUGUAUCUAAUUGUGGGCGGCCAUGUGAGGUGUGGACCUUUGAUGGCAGGGCGUUGCACAGUAUGUGAACAUAGCCCACAAAGUCUGCACCCAGGAUAGCAGUUGUGGCAUUGCUCAUCCAGGCAGUUGAUGUUGGCACUCCCCCGGCCUCACAGAGCUCAAAGUCGUUGGUGGAGUGGUGCAGCAGGGCUCUGAAGAAAGACUCCUGCAGUCUAUAAGGACCCUCCAGGAACACUGGAUUGAAGCGGCAAGUGGCUGACAGCACUCAUGUCAUCUGCCGCUGCAUCAAAGGAGUAGCAUAGACUGCCUGGAAAACAGACAUCCUAGAGGCAGCCAGCUUCCUCACUCAAUGGUAUAUGAGUGAGGGGAUGACAGCAGCAAAUGAUGGCACUCCCAGUCCCAACCAAGUACUGGCAGGAGGCAUGAAAAAAGCCCAGCCCGACAUUGUGUGAAAGUCAUAGCCAUGCACCCAGCUUGCACCCUGACAUCCAGCUCCUCCAGCAUCUGGGAAUUGACACGACCCAAAAUCAGUUGAUGGAAAAGGGAUGGGAUCAGAUGGUGGAAGACGAUGUAAAGGCAUUGCUGUGGCUUCAGCAGCGCCUGGGUCACCCUGUCCAGGAGAAGUUUGAGGUCAACACCACACUUCCUUGCACCCCCGGGAGAAAACAACACUCCCAGGUAUUUAAAGACAGUUGUGGUGUUGGCCGGAGUCAAAGUACCAUCCAGCAACCUGAACAGGGCAUCAGUGACAAUCUUUGACUUCUUUUUCCUGUGACUUGGAAUGAUCAACAGAGAGAGGCACUUCUUAGCAUUGAGCUGAAGCCCAAGCUUUGCUGCAGAUGUUGAGAAAGCCAAGAUCGCCAUUUGAAGACCCGGGACUGAAGAACCAAAAAGCAGCACAUUGUCUGCAUAUGCCAGAUGCUGAAUUUACGUGUCUGCCAAGGGGUAUGAAACAGCAGAUGGUAAGCUGUGCAGCACAUUGUCAAUGGUCAGACAAAAGAGGAAAGGGGAUCACCCUGCCGAAUGCCCUGCCUGACGACAGCAAAGAAGAACAAUGCCGGCCAAAGCGAAGAAGCAUUGUGGUGGAUAUGUUGUACACAUUUGAAAGGCACCUUAUAAACAUUGGCAGAGCUCCCAGCUCCUGUAACACCAUUGUUAAGGCCUGAUGUGACACAGUGUUGAAGGCCUAGGCGAUGUCCAAAGAUGCGAUAUGGACUUCCUUGAGGUGAGUGUGAGCAUAAUGUAGGGUGGCAGCCAAAGCAGUGGUAUUCUCCAAACACCAGUCUUGAAAUGCCUGCUGGAACUCGCUGACUACCCCCACUUGCCUCAGCCUAGUCGCCAAGACCUUGUGGAAGUGUUGGAUGAUAACACUCGACACCAUGAUUGGCUGGAACUGGGAGGGAUCCGCAGGUUCGCCCUUCUUAGGUAUAAAUAUUGUGUAUGCCUCCACCAACUGUACUGGCGCUGCCUGCAGGAACAAGAGGAACCUGCUGUUUAUCAUACAGAGCUGCCUUAUCAACUGCCAGACAGGCUGCCCACAUAAGUGGGGAUAUUCUGUCCAGUCCUGCUGCUGACAUUGCAGGCACCACACUCGUCCAGAUCUCCAUCACUGUCACAGACCACCACAGUGACCACAAAUUGGCACAAGUGGGAGAAACCUGGGAGAUGUCCACCUCACAGGACUGUGUGGUGAUCAUGGGCUCCCAGAAACUAAACAUCUCCUUGGACGAAAACAGUGGCUUCAGAGCCUUGGCUGGCAGGACAGCCGUGCACAGCGUCUCCUCACUGGACAACAGUGCCUUGGCUGUGCUAAAGCGAGCCUUCAUCUAUGCCUCUUGGACGGCUGCUAAAUGUGCAGCCCACCUGGAGGCCCUUGUUGUCUGCUUUUGUCCAUUGGCCCCAGAUGAUGGUUGGGGUUGAUUGGCCCUGUGGUCACCAUGGUAGCAUGCGCUGGCUUUGGCAUCACAGCAUCUGCCCAUUCAUAUAGCAGCAGGAAUGCCUCAUCAUUGUUUCUGAUGAGAAGCUCGAAUAUAGAGUGAGCCAGGAUAGGUGCACCCCAGGCCUCCAUCUGCUCAAGCUCAAACAUCUGGGCAUUGAGUUUCUGGAGGAUGGCAGUGCGAAUGUCUUCUGCAUUCAGGAGUGGAUACUGUACCGGGUGAAUGUGGUGUUGAGCAAGCGGCUCAGCCAACUCAGGGAACCUAUGCUCCUGGAACUUACUCUUCAUUGGCUGUCUCUGUUCCUGCUGCGAGAGGUGAUGAGGGAUGGGAAGGGGAGAGGAUUGCGGCUUGGCCAACUGUGGGAACUUAUGUUCCAUUGGCUGUUGCUGCACAGGAUGAGGAGGGUGUUGAGGGACAGGAAGGGGAGGGUAUUCAAUAAAUCCUGUAUCGUUGGGUACAACUGGAAGGGUCCAGGGAACUGUAGUAUGGUCAUAGUCCGGGAGUUGCUG